AUGAAGCUUGGAAGUGGAGAUGACGACAUGAUCUUAGAGGCGGAACCGAGCUUUCGCAAUGCUCGGGUAAAACCACAAAUCGUACCGUAUAUGUGGUUUAAGAAUUUUAGAAACCGCAAACCGUACCACGGAAACCUUGAAUCGUGUUGUGAGGUGUGGUUUAGUGCAGGCGAUGCAGCAUCCGUCGGAAUAUGCUACGGCCGGCUCGGCGAUGAUUUGCCCUCCGAACAAGAGGUGGUAGACCUCUACCAAAGCAACGACAUAACCAGAAUGCGACUUUACGAUCCAAAUCCAAACACUCUUCAAGCCCUACAGGGAACCAACAUCGAACUCUUACUUGACGUUCCAAAUAGCGAUCUUCAAUCCCUCACAGAUCCAUCCGCUGCAAGAACUUUAGCUGAAAACAACAUCCAAAACUACCUCGAUGUUAAAUUCCGGUACAUCACCGUCGGAAACAAAAUCGAUCCAAAUAAUGGUAACAGUCGAUUUGUCAAUUUCGUACUUGAGGCGAUGCGAAAUGUUCACCAAGCAAUUGUAGACGCUGGAUUAGCUGACCAAAUCAAGGUCUCGACAGCAACCUAUACUGGUCUCCUAUCGAAUACCUAUCCGCCAAGCGUUGGCGAGUUUCAUGACAAUGUGAAGAGCUUUAUCGAGCCGAUUAUCAGAUUUCUACGUAAAAACAAUUUGUCGAUGCUUGCUAACAUUUACCCCUAUUUUGCUUGUCGUGAUAACCCUAACAUUAGUCUCCCGUAUUCACUGUUUACAUCGGGUCCACUUGUGAACGAUAAUGGUUUGGUGUACUCUAACCUUUUCGACGCCAUGUUAGAUGCUUACAAUGCAGCUCAAACACGCCUUGGUGGAGGCGAUUUGAAUAUUGUUGUGUCGGAGAGUGGAUGGGCGCCGUAUGGUCAUCGGGUAGCGACACCGGAAAACGUAGCAACUUAUUAUCAGAAGUCGGUUGAACAUGUGAAAGAGGAUAAUGGGACACUGGCAAGGCCUGAAAACAGUAUAGAAACGUGUUUGUUUGCAAUGUUUAAUGAGAAUUCGAACGAAGGAGAUGAGUAUGAGAGGCAUUUUGGGCUUUUCUUCCCCGAUCAAGGAUCCAAGUAUGAACUAAGCUUCUGA